GUCAACAGUCAGUGAAUGUGCGUGUGAAGCUGCCGUAUGGCUGCGUGUUUUACGGCACAAAUCAAGCCGUGUUGUUAGUCGAUUUAUUCAGACAAGACUCGACCUUUUGCAGUCAAGCGAACAACCCAACUGACACACAAUGGCUCAUCUUACUGAAAAUCCCGCUGAUAAAGAGAGGUUCAUCUGCAUCUAUCCAGUCUACAUCAACAGUAAGAAGACGCUGGCCGAAGGACGAAGGAUCCCCUCAGAGAAGGCUGUGGAGAAUCCGUCCUGCGCUGAGAUCAGAGACGUCCUGACGGCUGCCGGGCUCAACGUCUACGUGGAGAACAAAAUGCACCCCAGAGAGUGGAACAGGGACGUCCAGUUCAGAGGUCGAGUCAGAGUUCAGGUGAAGCAGGCUGACGGCAGCUUCUGUCAGGAGAAAUUCGCCUCCCGUAAAGACGUGAUGUUCUACGUGGCUGAGAUGAUCCCUAAACUAAAGACCCGGACCCAGAAGAGUGGAGGAGGAGACACCAGCUCUCAGCAGGGAGAGGGAGGAAAGAAGAGCAAGAAGAAGAAGAAAUAGACCAAAGACGUGACCGGUGUUGUUUUUUUAAGUUAAUAACGAGGUCAUUGUGAUCGAUCGUUCAGACGAGCGUCUUCAGAAUCAAACCCUGAACUUUCCGUCGUUGUGACCUCAGACCCUCGUUCAGCCGAAGGCUUCCAAAUUAAAAUAGAUCUGUUUCCCCUUUUUAAUUCUGUCAGUUUUGUCGACGCUGAACGUUUCUGUUUGUGAGACGCGUGACGGCAGCUCGAGCUCAUCGGCGCGCCGGCCGGAGGAAGUCGUCUCUGUGUUGUGGAUGGAGGAACGUGUGAAUCUUUGUUUCUGUUAGCACGUCGUCCUCUUCAUGCCGCACUCUGUCAGCUGUGUCUGUGUCAAUAAAGACUUCAUUUUCUCA